AUAAAAACAACCGAAUUGAGAACCUGUUUCUUUUGAAGUCUUGAACUCUGUUCCAAAAUUUUUUUCCUGUGUGCGUAUCUGAAUUGAAUUCUAAUCUAAAAUAGCUUGACCGUAAAGAAAUUUUGCUGUAAAACAAAAUGCAGCAACAGGUGGAAGCUAUAUAAAGGGGCGGGAAGCCGAUACGAGCUAGUCCCGCGACAGCUCCCGACGGGGGAGGUUCUCUCGCGCGCCAAGUGUCUUUACGUAACUCAACUCGAAAGUUAGGAUUGAAUGUGAUUGGACUGAUGUGAUACGUGAAGUGGCCAUGCGGCAACGUGUAGUGUAGUGUUAGUGUCUAAGUGACGGUUCAAAAUGACGUCGUUUCCCGUGAACUGGAACGACACGAUGGUCAAGCCGUUCGACGAGGGCUUCCCCCUCCUCAUGCCGAGAUGGGGGUACGUGGCUUCGGCUUUCGUGCUGUUCCUGAUCGGGUUCUUCGGGUUCUUUCUUAAUCUGAUGGUCAUCGUGCUGAUGUAUAAGGACCGGCAGCUAUGGACGCCGCUCAACAUCAUCCUGUUCAACCUGGUGUGCUCAGACUUCUCGGUGUCCGUGUUGGGCAACCCUUUCACCCUCGUUUCCUCGCUGUUUCACCGCUGGAUCUUCGGGCACACCAUGUGUGUUCUCUACGGGUUCUUUAUGGCGUUGCUUGGUAUAGCCUCAAUAACAACCCUCACCGUCCUGUCGUUCGAGCGCUACAUGCUGGUGACUCGGCCCUUCAGCUCGCACCACCUGAGCCCUAAGGGCGCCAUCGUGUCCAUCGUGUUCAUCUGGAGCUACUCGCUGGCGCUCACCACGCCGCCGCUCAUGGGCUGGGGGAACUACGUCAACGAGGCCGCCAAUAUCAGCUGUUCCGUGAACUGGCACGAGCAGAGCAUGAACACACUGACAUACAUCCUGUUCCUGUUCGCCAUGGGCCAGAUCGUGCCCUUCAUCAUCAUUACCUUCAGCUACGUGAACAUCGUCCGGACUCUCAAGAACAACUCGCAGCGGCUCGGCCGCGUAAGCCGCGCAGAGACGAAGGUCACGGGUAUGGUGUUCGUGAUGAUCAUCGCUUUCACCAUCGCGUGGACACCCUACUCCGUGUUCGCUUUGAUGGAACAGUUUGCUACUGACGGCAUUAUAUCGCCGGGAGUGGGGGUCAUACCGGCACUCGUCGCCAAAAGUUCCAUUUGCUACGACCCUCUAAUCUACGUUGGAAUGAAUACUCAGUUUCGGCAGUCCAUCAAACGUUUCUUCGGAAAUCAUAGCAAGGGUGGACUCUCUCAAACGGAAAAAGGAUACGACAAUACUCUAAUGUCCCCCGCCCACAGAAUGUCCUGUCUCAACGAUUCUUCCCGGCAAUGCUCAGAGACCAACGUUUCUAUCAUCCAAAAAAAACCGAAAAACAGGAAAGUAGUUAUCGCCGAAGAUGCCUCAGAAGUCACAAAUAACGGGACCAUACGGAAUUUCCUUAGGGAAACAGAGUUGUGCACUAUUAAAGAAAAUAGAACUUCUUCAGAUGCGGAAAGAUCUGUCGAGACUACGCACGAAGACGACAGCAGCAGCAGGAAACAGGAGUACGACGAAUCUUCAAGGCUGUUUGAAGACAACCAGACAACGGGCAAGCUGGACGACGUCCCCUACAUGAUGAAAAACGUUUACGGCAAUCUAGCCUUCGAGGAACAUGUUACAGACUCACCAGAAUAUGACAACAACCUCACAGAGUUCCGAGUGUCUAAACCAAAACUGAUCAAACAUAGCUACUCUCUCGACUUAAGCGGCAUUUCUAACCAUAGCAAGAAGAGAAAACUCUCUGUAGAAAGUAAACUAGAGACACUGAAUUUAUCUAAAACAUUAUUUAAGAAUACGGUAGUAAGUAAGUUCAUCGGUCACAAUCCUAAACUCGGGCAAGAUAACUUCAAGAGUUAUCUGUGUCGUUAUGAUAAAAAUGAAAGUGAGAAAGAAGAUUUGUAGCUGAAAGAGCAAGGAAGUAAGGACCAGUCUGGUGGAUUUCAAGAAGAAAGAACAAAGUUUUCAAUUAUUUAUAUUUUGUAACGCGUGAUCGAAGAAAAGUAAAGUAUAUUUAUUAUUCUGUGAUCCUCUCUUAUUGGAAGGGUUAAUAGGUGCUGUGCCGAUCGGCAGUUUUUAAGAAAAGAGCUAUCGUCAAGUGUCUGUGAUAUAGAUUUGAGUGCCAAACGGAAAUUAACAGAUAUUGAAAAUGUUUGGAAUACAGUAUUAGCUAAAGACAUUAGCAAGAUUAAGUAACUCAUGAAUUCGAGUAAUCUUCGAGUGUUCAUUCUAACCUACGUAUGUCUGCGAAGGAAGUUGCCAAUUAUUAUAAUAUAGUAUUAAUAAUUAUUUUUAAACUAGCGUUUAAUCAUCGCUGAGUUUGUGUAGUUCGAUGUUAAAAAAUUUAAUACGUUUUUAGCACUUCGGGAGAAGCGUGUACGAAAUAUUUAAUGUAUUUUUUAAAAUUGCGGUGAACUUCGAUGGUGGGUAAAGUUAAUAUUUUGUCGUUUUAAUAAAUUGGAGAUGUCAGACAAAUGGAGUCGACAGAGAUAGUAAAUGUACAACGACUAGUAGAUGUUUCUAAACAAUGCAUAUAGGUAUUGAUUAAAUCGUUGGUACUAAGGGCAAGCCUUGAGGUAACCUACAGACUGGUUUAAAAAGGCAAGUAUAGCCUUGUGAGGUACUCCAGGGAGCCAGAUAGGGGGAAAUUAAAAAGGUAAUUAGUUGAAAUUUUACUAAAAACGCAUUGAUACUUCACGCUUUUAAACGUAUCUUUUAGUAUAGCAAUUACUACUAAUACACAAGACAAAUAAGUAUUCCGUGAACAAAAUUUUGUACGGAACACUAAAAAUGUAACUAAACUAAACUACAAACUAAACUAAUAACUGACAGGCUUGUUAGAAAUAUUGCGUUCAAAAGUUUUUUUAUUAUUUUGCGUAAAAUUUAUGGGCAAUUUGCGUUUGCGUCCGGGAUGAUGAACGAUUCUACAGUAGACACCGGACACACACAGGACAGCGGACACGAGAAAUCUUGUUCAAAUACUCUUAAAAAUCUUAUAUUAUCUUAUCUUAAUAGCACUCAAUAGAAUUACUUUUUCGAGCAAGAUCGCGGCAUUGGAGUCAUGUCCAUUCAUGUUCAUAUUAAGAUUUCUACUCGGAAUUCCCCGGUGUGGCACCGUCCGUUACUGCUGUAAUAACUUUAAUACAAAGAGAGAUGCAUAUGUCUAAAUAAAACGAUUGAAGCGUGACAGAUACUUUUAAAUGACAAAAGGCAAUGAUAGGUAAGCGUGCUCCACCGUAGACCGCAUCACCACUUACCAUCAGGUGAGAUCGUGGUCAAACGCCUGCCUAUCCUCCAAAAAAAAAGGUUGAAAAGGUGUCAGAUAGAACAGAUUUUGGGGUGUUGGGUGUCUGAUAAUAUUAUGGCUGACUUUUUAUUGUAAUAAAACAGCCCUUUUACGAAUUUGCAAAUAUGAAUUAGUGAGUACUUCAUUAUGACACCGAUAUAAGGCUUAAUUUUACAAAUAAAACUAGUUCAUUCAUUAGGAUAUAUUUGAAAUAAGCUGUAAAAGCAUAUACUUAAACUGUAAGAAUCGUCCUUGAUCUAUGUAAAAAUAAUGUUAAGAUUACUUUUACAUAGAUCAUCUCGGGCUUUAUCCGAUAGAUUUCUGGGGCGAGUUGAAAGCAAAAAAGUAUUUAACUUAAAAAUGUCGAGUUAAAAAUGAAUGUGUCACUUCAUUUAGGUUUUUUAAAUGUAGGAACUAUCUUGUUUACGGAAUACUACCUUACAAACAUUCCAUAUCAAUUAUAGGGACCGUGCGCGUUGGAGGGUUUGCCAUCUUGUGGCCUGAAUCGGAACCAAAAACAUGUACAUUUAUACGUCAAGUGUUUUCUUGUGCAUAGUAGGUUCUGCCAUCUUGUGGGCUACAUCGGAACAAUAAACAUUUACGCCUCGCGCCAAAAAUCUGACGGCUCCCUAUUCACUUCUGCAUAGACGAAUGACACAAUUUUUUUGCAAUAGUUUUAAUGAGUGAGGGCGUUUUCACAUUGUCGCACUAAGUAGGUAUCACAGUAUUCCGCAUUAUCGGAUGUAAGAACCUAUGAUAUUCAUCCUAUAAUAUCGGUCCGACAGCUUGGCAUGACAUGGCUGAAAUUAUCGGAAGUGCCUCUCCGAUGUCGAAAGUCGGACAGUGCCUAUGAGAAAAUAGCUGCUAAAGAAUGCCCUAUGCAUAGCUAUGGUAUCAAGUCCGCCUGUCUGUUUUAAAUAAACCAAAAAAAGUCCGCCUUUUUUGCAUUAAGAUAUUGUAUUAAUACAAAAUGUGAAAACGCUUUAACUUUCCAAGCUUCGUUUUUAGCACCAAUUUACUUAAAGGUGCGACCAGACCGCAGCUUAAAAAACGGUCACAAUACGGAAUCGCAGUGACGCGUCGUAUGCGUACCGUUUUUGACGCAUGCUCCCCACACCGCUGCUUAAAAAACAGUGACGGUACGGAAUCGCAGUGACGUGCUUCACGCGUAUCUUUUUUGUUCGCAAAUCUUUGCGUCUUUUACGUCACCGGUGUGGUAUCUGCCAUAAGAUUUCCGUGUAAUAUUUUUUGCGAUUUUUACGCAGAUCAAUUUACGGUGCGUCAGCGUAUUUUAAGCAGCGGUGUGGGGAGCAUGCGUCAAAAACGGUACGCAUACGACGCGUCACUGCGAUUCCGUAUCGUGACCGUUUUUUAAGCUGCGGUCUGGUCGCACCUUAAUUCUUUAUGGGCAUGCAGUUAGUGACAUUGUUCAACGUUAUUGUAAAUAAGUAGGUACAAUAAUUUAGCCUUAAACAUAUUUUUAUGUAACUUCUCAAGAGUCUUUAAGUCUUAAAUGUUUAAAUAAAUUAUCUUUUAUCAAA